AUUAUCAUUCAUUUCAAAGCUUUUGAAGUUAAAUCAUUUCGUUCUUAAAAAAACAAAAAAUCAGUCAAAUGGCUUUCAUUAAAUCUUUCGUUGUUCUUGCCAUCCUCGGAGUUGCUUCAGCUUCAAUUCUUCCUGCUGCUUAUAUCGCUGGAGACCAUCAUGGAGAUUACUACUCACACCCAAAAUACUCUUUCAACUAUGGAGUUCAUGAUGGUUUGACUGGUGAUGUUAAGUCACAAAGCGAAGUCCGUGAUGGUGGAGUCGUAAAAGGACAAUACUCUUUGGUCGAACCUGAUGGUUCAGUCAGAACUGUUGAUUACACUGCUGACGAUGUUCACGGAUUCAACGCUGUUGUUUCUAAAUCAGCUCCAACAGUUCACGCUAAGGUUGUAGCUCCAAUUGCACACCACGCACCAGCUGUCGCUUAUGCUGCAGGUCGUCAGCGAAUACGAAGUCCAGCAGUCGUUAAACAUGUCGCCCCUGCUGUUGCUCCAUUGGCUUAUGCUGCUCCAGUUGCUUCAUACGCUGCCCACUCUCCAGUUUACAACCAAUACGCAGCUGCUUACCCAGCACAUGUUAACUCUCCAGUCUGGCACUAAGAAUUUCCAUCGCUGCGCUCUCUAACUGCAUGUGAUUCAAUCCUUAUGGCUGCCAUUUAAAAAAGAAGAUUUUGAUGUUUUCUCGAACGAAAUGUUUGAAUGAAUAAGCACUAUCUACAUCAUUGUUAGGCCUCAUGCUCAUUAUUUAUUAUUAAAGUUUUGACUUCUAUUCUAAAGAAGAAAAUAUUUAAUUUGUACGAAAGCAGCUUUGCGCAGUUGCGAUGAUGGCAAACUUCCUCCAUUCUUUCUUGUGUUCAUCCAUUAUUGUCUCCAUCUUUUCAAAUUCAUUCUGACUUAUUUAUUAAUUUAUGUUUCCUUCAUUUCGGACAUACAACAGAAACAUAUGAAUCGACAUAUAAAUAGCAGCAAUAAGCCUUGUAUAAUUGUAAAUAAAUAAAAUCUCAAAAUGUGAACGAAUAAAAAUACUUCAAUAGAA